UCUUUUCGUUUUUUUUCAUCUCGAAGCGUCCGCGCGGUGACGAAAUAUUUUGAACCAAUUCCUCUUCCUCCUCCCCUAGGCGGCCAGGACCCGGCGGCUCCCCUCGCCGGAAGACCGGAAGAGACAGCAGCCAUGGCCGGGAAGAAGCGCGCCGCAGCAACCCCCGCCCCUCCCCCAUCCGCCAACUGCCCCGACGGCGCCGUCGCCUCCAUCCCCAGCGCCAAGCGCGGGCGCGGCAGACCCAAGUCGACGGCCCCCACCGCCGCCAAGCGCGGGCCCGGAUCGGCGGCCCCAAACUCCGGCGCCGCCAGCGAACUCGCUGCUCCGAAGCCCGGGAAGAUCGGGGCCCUGAAGAAGAAGGAGCCCCAGGAGGAGGGGAGUAAGCGUAAGAAGCAGCAGGCGGCCGGCGGGGCAGAGAAGGCCACGACGCCCGCGAAGAUGAUGAAGAAGAAGGGCGGCGGCGAGGCGGAGCCCGGAUCUCGGAAGAAGAAGGGGAAGCAGGAGUCAUCCGGCGAAGCGGCGGAGAAGCCCGCUACCGCGAAGAAGAAGAAGCAGGCGUCCAACGGGGCGGAGAAGGCCACGUCGCCCGGCAAGAGGAAGCGCGGCGACGCGGAGAAGCCGAAGAGCGCGAAGAAAGCCCCCGCCGCUGCGGAGAAGCCCACGCCCACCAAGAGGAAGAAGAAGGAGGACGGCGAGGCGGAAGCCAAGAGCGGAAAGAAGAAAGGCUCGCCUGCAAAGAAGGCGGCGGCGGCUGCUGAACCUGGCUCGUGCAGCUUCCCGAUGUCGCGGGUGCGGUUGCUGAUGCGGGACGAAGACGCCAGCAUGCGCGCUACCAACGAGACCGUCUUCCUCAUCAACAAGGCCUCGGAGCUAUUCUUGGAGGCAUUUGCGAAGGAUGCUCAUCAGAAUGCCCUGAAGGAACGUAAGAAGUCAAUUGCCUAUGAUAACCUUUCAACAUCAGUGUGCAACCAGAAACGAUACAAGUUUCUAUCAGACUUUGUUCCGCUGAGAGUCACAGCUGGAGAUGCUCUGAAGGCAACUGCUGUGGACAAACCUUAAACUCCAUCGGGGCAUGCUAGGUUCUUCUGCAGCCUGUGGCCUGUGCAAUGGAGUCAUGGGAGAUGUACAACAUGGAGUCGGUGUAGGUAGGUAGAGCUGUUUGUAGCUCGUCGUGGACUGUCGAAACGGAGUUUGGACUCUGAACUUGAGAAACAAGAAACAGAAAACUUGGGUCGAGGGCUGAAGAAAAGCUGUCUCGCUGAACUGGGCAGCUAGCUAGCCAGCCGGUUGUAAGGUAAAGUACACCUUUCAGAGCUGAGAAGCAAACGGUCCUGUGAUAACAUGCCAACAAAAGAAAAACUGUGUAACCUGAGCCUUGCAGCUUAACCUA